GGCCGGGGCCGCCCUCCCGCCGUCAUCGCGGCGCGCCGGCGGGCCGGGCCGGGCCGGGCAUGGCUGAGGGGGCGGCGGGGCCGGGCGGCGCCGAGCGCUACUUCACACGCUGGUACAAGCCAGACGUGAAGGGGCGGCCGUGCGAGGACUUCUGCGUGCUGCAGCACUCCAACAGAAUCUGUGUCUCCACCUUGGCAGAAGCCCACCCUCUUCUUCAAAGUGGGAAAACAAUUAAAAACAUUAAUUACCAAAUCAGUGCAAACUGUAGCAGACUUCAGAAUAAAGUCUCUGGGAAGUCAAAAAGGGGAGCUCAGUUUUUAACAGAACUUGCCCCUCUGUGCAGGAUAUCUUCAUCAGAUGGAGAGGAAUACACCAUUUACAGUUGCAUACGAGGGCGGCUGAUUGAAGUGAAUGAGAACAUCCUUAGUAAUCCUGCUCUUCUGCAAGAAAAGCCAUCAACUGAGGGGUACAUUGCAGUGGUUCUACCCAAAUUUGAAGAAAGCAAGAGUAUAACUCAGGGACUUCUGACGCAAAAGGAGUACGAGGAAGUCUUGAUGAAACGCCGCAGUUCUGCUUCAUGAAAUCAAUUCUA